AUGGAGUCGCCUAUCCAGCGGGCGCUCGGUAUCUAUGAGAUCCUUGAGCAAGUACUUUUGCAAUUGAAUCUCGACGAAAUAAUUCGCGCGCAGCAAAUUUGCAGCAGGUGGAAAAACGUCAUUCAGACUUCUCCCGCACUUGAGCAAGCAUGCUGGUACCGGCCUCUCAAAGAAACCCACCAACAGGACGAUAGCCCGGAACUUGUCGAGUUGAAUCCUGCGUUUAAUCGGCUAGGCGUCUCAAUACAGAAAUUGACCAACGGCCCAAAGCAAGAAACUGGAGAUUUCGAUUUAAAAAAGCGAAUCUAUGAUAAACCUGGAUCAUGGACCACUAUGCUAGCCACACAGCCUCCCGUGCGAUGCAUCGAGAUGGAGUGUUUCAGCGAUUAUUCUGGUGAUCAGUCAUAG